AUGGCCAUGAUUACGCGCAACACCGCCACGCGCCUCCCUCUCCUCCUCCAAUCUCAACGCGCCGUCGCCGCGGUCUCUCACCUUCACACAUCCCUCCCCGCCCUUUCCCCCUCGACGUCACCGACUUCCUACACCAGACCAGGUCCUCCCUCGACCUCCGCUCCUCCGCCGGGUCUCUCCAAGGCGGCGGAGUUCGUGAUCUCCAAGGUUGAUGAUCUCAUGAACUGGGCUCGUAGGGGAUCGAUCUGGCCCAUGACCUUCGGCCUCGCCUGCUGCGCCGUCGAAAUGAUGCAUACCGGUGCUGCUCGCUACGAUCUCGACCGAUUCGGUAUCAUCUUCAGGCCUAGUCCUCGCCAGUCCGAUUGUAUGAUUGUCGCCGGGACGCUUACUAACAAGAUGGCUCCGGCUCUUCGCAAGUACGCCUCUCUAUUUCCCUCCCCCUUUCCUAUGGACUGA